AUGGCUAUGGCAGCACCCGAAGCGCAGAUGACGUCAACUGCCGUUGCGCAAUCGGCGUCUCAGUCUGGCGCCUACGAUCAUCUCCCCGACUUAUCAGCCGACAUGUCGAUCGAGACCGACAGCGCAAUACGACCCACAUUCGAGCAGCUCAACGCCACGCUCAUUUCUCGAGGGUACCUCCGAGCACCGCUUAAUGUUGCAGGCAUGCGACAAGACUCGCUCGCAGCCCUUGCUGACGCACUGCACGCCAUGAUCGCACAGCGAGAGGAAGACAUCGAAGUGCGCACCGCCUUGACCGCCAAAAACCGCACGCUCACUGCCUCGUUGGAACGAUCGAAGCGCUUUCAGAGGGAGGAACUCGAGCGCUCAGCAGACUUUGAGCGCAAAGCGGAAGCAUCCAAAGUCAAACUCGGUCAUCUUACGACUCAGCUGGAGACGGAGCGCAACGCACACAAAGCGACCAAGGAGGCACUCGCUCGCAUGAGGAGGGAUCUACAAGCAGUCAAAGCUUCGGCAUUGCAGUACAAAGCUGCCAACGAUCGAUCCGUUGCUCGUGUCAGAGCACGCAUUGGCGAAGUAACAAGCUCGGCAAUUCGAUCUGCAGUUCCCGACUUUCAGAUUGUCGCUUCGGCCUUCGAUGAGCCGCCGACGGCGUCCUCGUCCAAAGCUGGUCCGGCAAGCUUGUACGCCCAACAAGUGCAGGAGCUCGAGCAGAAGCGGGCUCAUCUGGUGGAGUACAACCAGGCUCUGAAGCGCUACGCCACCGAAGCCAUCAAUGCUGUUCGACGCGCUGACCAAGAAUUGGUGGAUAUGGUCGAGGCCGAAGAGGACGAUGCCAAGAAACGCGAUCCGACAUCUACAGCGACAAAGUCGAAUGGCGACUCGAACGGCUCUCGAUCGGCCUCUUCGAGCAGCCUGAGCGGUAUGGGCCCAUCGAAACGUUCGCCCUCCAACGACACAUGGCUGGAUGGACAUCGGCCGCUGUUCCAAAGGGACCUCUUCCCUGCCAACGAUACUCUUCGAUCCACGUCUUCAGGCUCUCUCGUCUCUGGCUGUUCGAGCAAGGUCGCACACCCGGCACUACGUGCGCUCGAAGUCAUGUCGACCGCUAUCAGCUCGCACGUCCAGUCUCUGCUCGACCUGCGCACCGAACGAAACAUCUACCAAGCCGCACAGAGUCAGCGCCUGUCUGCCGAUGCGCGCGAGCAAGCUUGGUCGGCCAAGCUGGAGAACGAUAUUCAACAAGAUCUGGAGAACGAUGCGCGUCUCUCGCUCAACAAGGCCAACGGUCCUUUGCACGUCGGCUCAGUCGCGGCUGCAGCGAUUGCGGCCUCAAGCGGGACCAGUAGCGGAGGAGCAUCGCAUCGAGUCGAUUGGCAGAGGGAAAAGGUGGAUCUGGAAAAGAAGCUGGCCCAGCUCGUCAAACAGCUGGCGGUGGCCGAGCAGAACGUGGCCAGGAAGGACAAGGAAGUCAAGAAGCUCGCCGAGGCCGAACACCGCGCCAGGAGCUUGCUCGACCAAACGACGUCCUCUGCCGCUGUUCAGCAUGGCGGAGAAGCCAACACACCAGAUGAGCUGCAGCAAGCGGAAUCGUUGAAGCUCGAGCUGCAGGCGGUGCACCAGGAGCGGGUUCAGUUUGCACAGCGAUACGAGAUGCUCGAAGCCGAAGCACGCGAGCUGCGCAACGAGCGUGAUCGCAUCCUGUCGGAACGCAGAGACGCCACUCAGCCCGCCAAGGUGACCUCUCUCAAACGACUCGAUGACGGAGAGCUGGCAGAGCUUCACGCUCGCGACCAAGUGCGUCGUGCGGAGAUGAUCAGCAGCCUUUCCGUCGUCGCUGAGGACGCCGAGAUGCCUUUGCUGAGCAGCACCGUCGACACUGCCAGUGAAGGCGUGAGCGAGAACGCCGACACUUCCGGAUCGCGGCGGUCGAGUCGACGAGGCAGGCUCAGCAAAGAGUCGGCCGAUGCGGGAGCCAUGAGUUUCGGCGAGAGUUUCGGCAACAAUCCCGAGCUAGAUGCCAUCUUUGGCGUCACUCGCUCCUCUACAACGAAGAAGGCGGCAACACGCCGAUCGUCGAGACUCUCUGGAAGCAGUACUACAGCUGGGGAAGCACAGGAACCGGUACCAGCACAGGUCGAAGCGGAAGACCAAGGUCGCAAGAGAAAGGCAGAGGCAGAAGCGGUUGUGGAACCCAGCAGCACGGGCAAGAGGCGGACUAGCCGUCGCAUUUCGGGAGAUGCCGUCGAGCAGGCUUCUCCGCGAGAGACCAAGCGCGCUCGUGCUGAACAGCAAAAUUUGCCAUCAACGUCGGAACAGCCGCCGUCGUCGGAUGCUGCCUCUGCUGUUGCAGUUGCAGUUGCUGCUCAGUCACGUCGAAGGCUUUCUACUCGCGAGAAGCAACAUCUCGAGCAAAAGCAGAACCCGCGCGUCGUUCCGACUCCUGCCCCAACCGUAGCUCCUACCAAGACUCCUGCGCUCAACUCUCGAAGGAUUGUGUCGGGGUCGUCUUCGUCUGUGACUCGGCCCACAGCCGCAUCGUUGCGCCGCAGCGAGGCGACACAGGCUAGCGUCAAGCGUCCCUUGUCCAACUCGACCAACCUGCGCGAAGGUUCGACUCAGCCUUCAGCGUCGAGCAAAGCUGCGAGUCGAGUCAUUUCCUCGGGUUCUGUUCGGGCGGCGCGCUUAUGA